UUUUCAAUUCAUUUAUCUGCAGGAAUGAUUGCGACUAUCAGUCUGAAGCUCACCGCCUGACUGAGGAGGUGAAAGUUGCGCCACAGGAAGAUAAACCGCAAAAGACAAUAUUGCACAUGAUUUGCGUGCGCAUCGGAUGAGCAGGAGAGGGAAAUUCCUCUCCACUAAAAGUAAAUAGGAAUAGGGGAUCGGAGUUUGCCUUGCAGAGACUUAAGUCAGAGAAAUAGCAAUCAGAGACAGUUGCUAGAGAUUCUUCCUCUCUCAGUCUCCUCCGCUGCAGACUGAAGAUGCUCUUGGACGCAGGACCACAGUAUCCCACCAUUGGAGUGACUACUUUCGGCUCCACCAGGCAUCACUCAACAGGCGAAGUUACAGACAGAGAAGUGGCUUUGGGUAUCAAUCCGUUUGCCGACGGCAUGGGCGCUUUUAAAAUCAACCAUAGCUCCCACGAUCUCGGCUCUGGGCAAACGGCGUUUUCCUCGCAAGCGCCCGGCUACGCCGCCGCCGCUGCCCUGGGACACCAUCAUCACCCCACUCAUGUCAGCUCGUACUCCACCGCUGCCUUCAACUCCACUCGGGACUUUCUCUUUCGCAACCGGGGCUUCGGAGACGCCACCAGCGCGCAGCACAGUCUGUUCGCCUCCGCCGCUGGAAGUUUCGCCGGACCACAUGGACACUCUGACGCCGCUGGGCACCUGCUCUUCCCGGGACUGCACGAGCAAGCGGCCACGCACGCGUCCUCCAACGUGGUGAACAGUCAGAUGCGCCUGGGCUUUUCCGGGGACAUGUACGGUAGGGCCGAGCAAUACGGUCACGUCGCGAGUCCAAGGUCCGAGCACUACGCCUCAACGCAGUUGCACGGCUAUGGCCCCAUGAACAUGAAUAUGGCUGCCCAUCACGGGGCAGGGGCCUUCUUUCGGUACAUGAGACAGCCCAUAAAGCAAGAACUCAUCUGCAAAUGGGUCGAACCAGAGCAGCUGACGAAUCCGAAAAAGUCCUGCAACAAAACUUUCAGCACCAUGCACGAGCUCGUGACCCACCUGACGGUGGAGCACGUUGGAGGACCAGAGCAAUCGAAUCACAUUUGCUUUUGGGAAGAAUGUUCCCGGGAAGGGAAACCGUUUAAAGCAAAGUAUAAACUUGUGAAUCAUAUCAGAGUGCACACCGGAGAGAAACCCUUUCCGUGUCCAUUCCCCGGCUGUGGAAAAGUAUUUGCCCGAUCGGAAAAUCUCAAAAUCCAUAAAAGAACACACACCGGUGAAAAACCUUUCAAGUGUGAGUUUGAAGGCUGUGACAGACGCUUUGCGAACAGCAGUGAUCGUAAGAAACACAUGCACGUCCAUACCUCUGACAAACCAUAUCUCUGCAAAAUGUGUGAUAAAUCCUACACACAUCCCAGCUCCCUCCGGAAACACAUGAAGGUUCACGAGUCGUCGUCUCAAGGAUCCCAACCCUCCCCGGCAGCCAGCUCCGGCUACGAGUCCUCCACGCCGCCCACCAUCGUGUCACCUUCCACAGAAAACCAGAGCAGCAGUUCCAUAUCACCAGCAUCAUCCACAGUUCACCACACGAGCAGCCACAGCACCCUUUCGUCAAAUUUUAAUGAAUGGUACGUGUAAAUAUUUUCAAAAGACUGCAGAAUUAAGACUGCUUUGGAACCAAGACUCAAAAGUCAGCCUAUUCUCGCGUGGACCUACAUACACACACAAUGUGAAGAAUCUGAAAGGUUUUCUGAAACCGCUGUCUAGAGAGAGCAGUGCAUGGACGGGGUGUGCAACGCUCUUGACAGCCUUUUUCCGAUUUUUGUCCUCCAUUUCUUUUGCCCUCUCUUUUUUUCUUUCUUUCUUUUUUUUUUCUUUUUUUCUUUCUUCAUAUUUUCGGAAGACUGCACAGAGAACUCCAAUUGCAUGCUACCAGCAGGUCACAGCCUGUCUUUUUGUACAUAAAGAUUCACCUAGUUUAAAAUGUAAUAUUUUAUUUUGUAAAUAGUCAUAAUACAGUUUAAGGGAAUUUGUGAAAAAAUGUGGUCCCUAGAUAUAUGGAAAAUGAGAUGGUUUUACGAAUAUUGCGAUGAAUAGUCUUGACUGAAAAGAAUGUUAUAGUUUAUGUGUACCAAAUGUGAAUUACCCAGUAUUACCACAGUCUACACGUUUACCUAACCGAUUAGUAUUAAUGUGCUUUUGUAUCCAGUGCAACAUUUCGUCUCCAGUCCAGUCUGAGUAGCACACAGUUGUUGUUAUUUAAUGUCAUGUCGAUAAACCGUGUAGUGAAAGCCUGAAGCUCCGUGUCAAUCUUGUUUAUGUAAGUGAUAAAAUAUAAACUAUCUGUCUAUUGCAUUGGCAAUUGCAAGAAAUUAUUACUUGUAUAUAACUCAAUUUUCCAUAUUUAUCCGCAUGUAAAGGACCGGUAA